UGGAAACGACCUCGUGUUUAACGCCGCAAACGGCAACAUCGUGAUGCGACACAGCGGCGGAGACGAAUCUACUCUCGACUCUCUCCUAACUCAACUGCAAUCACUACGAAUGAUGCUCUCGUCGACGCAGAAUGCAAGUUUUACUCUUUUCGAGAGACUAGAAACGUUCGCGUCCUGUCAUCGCCAGGCCAAGACGUACAAUCUCACAUCCAACGACUGCACACCGGGGGUGACAUCCUGUUCACGUGACGGAGAGGUGUUGACUUGGCACGGAUCAACGAACACAUUUUCUUGCUCUCCUUACCUUCUCGACGAGAUCGGCAAACUCCGAUCAAAUCAAAAUAUGACAAACUCACUCUUGCAAGCGACAACAAAUCGAGCGGUGUCUGUAGAUGUUACACUAAACCGUUUCAUCGAGUGCCAACGACGAGGAAUGAGCUACAACAUGACUACAGAUCAAUGCAUUCUGAUGGUGCCUCAGUGUACAAGUGACGGCGAAGUUCUCGUCUGGAACCCAGAUGAGAACCGAUACCGCUGUUCUCGCUUCCUCGUCGACACUGUCAACGUUCUUCAAGCGGAACUACGAGACCUAACGAGGAAGACUCUAAAAGUCAACCAAUCGGGUGACACAGCAGAAACAGCAGAACUAACGUGCCGAGAGAUUCUAAAUAAGCGCGGGACGGUACCGAGCGGAAAAUAUUGGAUAGACCCGACUGGAAGUGGAAAGGCGACCAAUGCCUUCCAGGUCUACUGCGACAUGCUGACCGACGGAGGCGGAUGGACUCUAGUAUCGGUGAUGAAAGCAUCAAGAGUCAACGACGAGAAAAAGUACCCUAUCAACGGAAUGAAUGAAAAGACACUGCUUGCCGACAGAACGGAUGACUGGUCUAGCCUAAGUAAAACUCGACUCAAUCAGAUCCACAAUGCAUACACUGACACUAUAAUGAGAGUUUUUGUCUCCGGAUUCAACUCUCUGGGGUCAGGAGAUCGAUCAUACGCCCCGCGCACUUACUACCUGAAAAAUUUGAAGAACGACAAGCUCAAUUUUAACGCUUUCCACGCUAUUCGCUACGUUCCGGAGUGGGGAGACAAGAAGAAAAAUGACUAUAAACUGAAUUACUACCGCGAUGGUUUAGUCCACUGCUACGAUCACGUGACUCACGAUUUUAAGGACGCGGGAAAGACAAUGAAUCACUGGGAUAGCCACAUCGUUACAGUUGCCAAUACGAAGUACACGGUCAGCCGGCAUGGAAUAGUAGGGGACCCGUUCAGCAAUUGUGAGUGGUUGUAUCAGUUUAACAACGGGGCGACAAAAACACAAAUGAAUUGUGGAACUGGUGCGGAAAGGUAUGCGAAAGUGUGGCUUAAGUGACUUCAUAACGGCAAGACUGGUUGCAGUGCAUGUUUGCGAAAUGGUUUUAAGUAUACUCAAUGGUUAAUUUUAACUGUUCGCACGCUGUGUAGCUGUCUGAACUAAAACAUUUCUAGUGGAUACGUCUUGUUUUAUGCUAAGAAACG